UGCUGGCGGUAGCUGCUGUGCGCAAAUGGAAGGUGAAGCAGAUGGACAUCGUAACCGCUUUUCUGUACGGCAUUGUGGAAGAGGAGGAGUACAUGGUUCAACCACCUGGCUAUGAGGAUGGAACCGGUCGUGUCUGCAAACUUAACAAGGCCAUCUAUGGCUUGAAGCAGGCCCCGAGAUGCUGGUACAACAGGCUGGCCAGUGCACUGGAAGGGAUUGGAUUCCGUGCGAGUGCAUGCGACGAGAGCCUAUUCCUGAUGGCGAGGGGGAGUCGCUUGUGCUUCUGCUGGUGUACGUGGAUGACAUCCUGCUCUUCAGCAGCAGUGACAAGGAGAUCGAUGGGGUGCAGCAGAAGCUCACAGAGCAGUUCAAGUGCAAGUCACUUGGAGAGGCAAGGUACUACCUGGGAAUGCACAUUGAGCGGGAUACUGAACGUGGCUGGCUCAAACUGCAUCAGGGACAGUACAUCAACACCUUGGCUGAGAAGUACUCUCUGCAGGAAGAACGGGAAGUGGUUACACCUUUGCCUUCCGAGUUCAAACUCAUAAAGGCAGCUGAAGGAGAAGGAGUUGAGUGUGAAGACCAGAGGCAAUUCCAAUCCAUGGUCGGGAGCCUACUCUACGCUGCUGUGCAUACUCGGCCUGACAUCAGCUUUGCUGUGGGACAGCUGGCUCGAGUAGUGCAAAAUCCAACAGAAGAGCAGUGUGGUGCAGCGGAGAGAGUGGUGCGCUACCUCAAGUCAUACCCUACAGUGGGAGUACAGUAUUCAGCCUCUGCUCAACUCAGUCAGAAAGGAUGAUUCAACUUUCAGUGGAAAGCUGACGCUGCAAGCUAUAACAUAUCCGAUUUUCAGAUCGUUUCAUCGAUUGGAGUUUUGGAUAUAGCUUUUCGAAGGUCGCGAGUUUUCUGGGCGUCAUAACGAAGUGCUGCAGAAAUUUCCAAGGAGCCAUUGAAUCAUCUGCUUCUAGCCUUCUCUAACCAACAUGUUCUUCCUUGCUUGUGUAAUUUACACCUUAAAACCUGCAGCUUCCUAGUGAGCCACAGCCUGCGCAGUCUAUCGUUGUUCCACACCAUGUGAACCUUGACCUUCAGCUCCGGAUCCUGAAAGGAAAGCGCCUUGAGCAUCGCAGCCUCAACAACUGGA